AUGGCAGAGCAAGCAAUGCCCACUGCCGAAUGCAAGCACCAAUACGGAUUCUUCGCGUCACCUUUGGCGACCCGCUCCGACUGUGGCAAAUACCGCAUGUGCGUGGAGGGCAAGGCUUUCGAAAUGGAGUGCUCUACCGGUUUGGCCUUCAAUCCUGAGACCGGUCGCUGUGACUGGCCUGAUCUUGUACCAACUUGCGACGCUGAAGAAUUCCUCGGCUUCAAAUGCCCCCCUGCCACUUACGACGAGUUCGGUAAAGCUUACGUGGUUAACUUCGGCAUCCAGGGAAGCUGCCAUUACUUUUACUCCUGUAUGGAGGGCGUUGCCCGUCUGCUGCUCUGCGACACCGGCUACGCAUUCGACAAGACCGUCAACCGCUGCGUCGACGCUACUCGCGUCCAAUGCACGGAGGGA